AUGCUCCAGCAAUCAGUCGGCUUUGCUUCCCUCCUGUCGCUCGGUCUAGCAAGUGUCGCUCAGGCGACAGAGGCCACCAAGCGCGGCCAUCUUGGCCAAAGACCCAGGAUGCCCUACGACCCCAACACGGCGGCCAAUUGUACAUGGUGGAUCGACAAUGACGGUUCAAAGAAAUGCGAAGACAUGCCCGAGUAUUCGGGCAUCGACAUGGUCGACUGGCUGACGCGAGUACUCCAGAACCCUUCCCUCACGCCCGACUGCGGAAACUUCCUGGCGGGGAGGUCGUACUGCGUCGAAGCAAGGAGCGUCCUGCCAACGGCGACGACCUCGUCAACUCCCGCUGAGCCGACGAACCCGUCGCCCACGCAGGCCGGCAUCCCGACUUCCUGCAACAAGUUCUACAAGGCCGGCCGAGGCGACACUUGCCAGGGCAUCGUGGACAGGCACGGUGUGGAACUACACGACUUCUACAAGUGGAAUCCUGCAAUCACAGGCGACUGCGUCGGCCUCUGGCAAGGCUACUACUACUGCGUCGGCGUCCUUCCGGCCUUUGAGCUGAGAGCCUUCUAUCAUGCCGGCUGCACCGGGAAGCAGCAUGGCCGAGUAACCAUGGCCAGCGGAAGCCAUGGAGCCUGUUUCGACACAGACUGUCAGGUGGCCUCCUUUAACGUGUCCGCAGUAGGUGACUGUCCGCACGGUCAAGUGCAGAUCAGCUAUUGGGAGCAGCCAGGCUGCACGGGGAAGUGGUUUGGCUACGGCUACACGAGCCGGGACACUUGCCGCACGCUGUGGACCGAGGGUUGGAAGUUCAAAGCUGUCCAUCUUCGAUGUGCGCGCGAGAAGGACGACUGUGUGAGCAACAAGACUUGUACUUAUGAUCCAGAGCCCUCGCGUGGGAUUUGCAUGUAG